UACGGAGACGACGCAGAACCAUAUUUAUUUUUGUUUGGAAAUUAGUCCGCAGGAACCGUGUGUGUGCGCGUGUGCGCGCAACGCGACGUGUGCGUUGGUGUGUGUGGCGCGUAUCGUCGGGUCGUGCGUUCGCACCGAAUUUCGGGUGGUCGAAUUUCACAAAGUGCUUGCUUAUCGGAGAUCAAGAACUGAGAAAAAAAAAAUGACCCGUGGAAAUCAGCGUGAGCUAGCACGAGCCAAGAAUUUGAAAAAAACCGUAAAGAAGGCAGCCUCCGAGCAGGACAGUAAUAAGGGUCUUUCGCUGGAACAACGUAAAGCACGAGAUGCGGAACGAAUGAGGGAGAAGCAACUUAAGAAGCAGGGCGAACCAGGAGAUACGUCGAAGCAGGCGGCGAGAUAAUUCGAAAGGGGGAAGUUGUAAUAAAUUUCUACGAUAAGAACGGCUAUAUAUAUAGGUAUAUAUACAUAUAUCGCAACCAAUGGCUACGCUAAAACGAUUGACGAUAAGGGAUACAGGUGUCGAUGCUAACUGCUGGGAGCACCCUAAGUGGGAAUCACCAUGUUUUUGAUGUUAAAGAAUUUUUCCAUUGUCGGCCGUACGCGGGCGUGUCAGCCAGCAUGACACGUCACAGGACCUAGCCUCGAUUAUCUUGUCAUUUACACGUUGCUCACGAAAAAACACAGUUAUAAUCAGUGUGUACAAAACUUGACGUUACCUACACCUAAAUUCAGUCAAAGGGGAGACGACACGCGUUUGACUGGUUUUUCUCUAGGUAUAAGGAUAUAUUAAAAUAAUACGAUAUAUUUGUAGUAAAGCUAAUUUCCAAUCUGUACAUUCAGACUUAUUUAAUAUGUUAUGUAAUUAAAUGUGUAACAAGGGCGAUCAUUAGACACACAUGUGCUACUAUCGUUCCCACUUGCUUGUAAUAAAUUGUUCAAAUUUUCAAUGCAA